GCUUUUUCAGGAUGGUAGCGAACAUAACUUACGGUUACCAGGAUGCAGUAAAAGUGAUAAAAAUCAAGAACUGCAUGUAUUUUGCGUCGUCGGAAAUCGUGAUAAGACGCUCUUUGUUGCCGUUACCUCAUCUAUUUUAUACAUAUAUCUAGCACAUCCUCAGCUGUUGCUUUGUUCAUUCAGACGAUCUGAAGAAGAUGUGAAGAAAAAAGGUGAAUAUCGGAAAGUUUAUUGGCGACAUGACUCCUCUGCAAUUUGUCUUACGACUUCGAAAAAUUGCUUAUUGUUGUAUCGAUUGGAAAUAUCAUCAGAUAAACAAUCUUUCAAUUUAACUGAACCACGUGAAGAGCACUUGAGGCGUACUUCGCAAGAACUGUUUAUCCAUGAAAAAAGACCAAAAGUUGCGGCGUAUUUAUCGGUUGUUGCACGACUUGAAAGUCCAGCAACAUGUAUUGUGCCUUUUCGAGAUGACUUAUUUGUUUGUUUGCAAGAUGGUUGGUUGCAUCGCAUAUCAUGGGAAGGUGUUGUUGAUAAAACUUCCUCGUUUCAUUUACUCGAUGUUCCAUUCUCUGUCGACCAGUUACAGUCCAAAACUGAACAUGUACAAGAAUUGGGCGUGCAUGUUGUUGAUAUGGCAUAUGCUCCUCUUAUCGGUGGAUUCUGUAUAGUGCUUUCUAAUGGUACUGCUGCUUUGCUGACAUCACCUUCAUCUAGGUUUCUUCCAAAGGAACUCUUAGGAAUAUGGGCAGUGCAAUUAAACGAUGCUGUUUGUGCCGCAGCGAACCACAAAUAUCGAUUGGUUGUUUAUGGAUGUAAAAAUGGUGAUAUUGCUGCUUUUCACUUGGACGAUGCUAAUGGCUCAUUAACACACACAUUUCGUGUAUCCCUUCAGGUCAAGAAUGGACCAGAAUUAUUGAAUCGGGUGAAUCGAGUUCGGCAUGUGGAAUGUUAUGCACAAGGAACAGCACUAGCAGCUGUCUGGUCACCGUUAUUAUGCGAUGCUGGAAAUGCAAAUAGUUCGAGUACAGUACCCAUUGUGGCGAUAUUCAGCUCCUUCGGUGCUCAGUUAUGGUGUUCUCUCGAAUCUUCCAGUACCAGGACUCUCUGUGUUGCCAAUUCAUGUCAGUGGGUUGACUGGGGUCCAGAAGGAUUUAGCUUAUGGUUAGCUACCGAUGCGGGACUGCACAUAUUGCCUAUUGCUCAUUCUGCGAAUUCAAGUGGCGUCGAAAGUACGGAUAAGAUUAUCUUUCUUUCAAGCAGUCAUAUUUAUCUGAGUGCUGCAAAAGAGCGAGAGCAAAGUGUUAACGCUCCCCAGAGCAUCUGGCAUGUACUUUCGGUUCCGAAUAACUAUUUAUCGUUCAACUGGCCCAUUAGAUUAGUUGAAAUGGAUGAUCAUGGGCAAUGGCUUGUUGUUGCGGGUGCUCGAGGUUUCAUCCAUUAUAAUUUAAUGACACGUAAAUGGCGCAUGUUCGGCAAUGAAUCACAGGAAAGGGAUAUGCUGGUCACCGGUGGGAUGACUGUUUGGGGAGGAUACGUUGUGAUUGCUUGUUACGAUAUUGAUCGUUCUAAGGAAGAAUUACGGUUUUACCCAUUGGAAAAUCAGUUAAACAAUCAGUUUUGCAUAAGGCAUCCAGUUAAUUCAAGAAUCCUUCUUUUAAGUCGUCGGCGAAACAAACUGAUAACUUUCGAUGUGGAUUCAUGCAUAUUUAUUUUCGCUCUUUUUCUCGAAAAGAAUCCCAAGAAUGAGCAGUUAGUAAUUCGAAUAGACAGAUGUGCAGAAAUACGUGUUCAAGAUAUAGUGCCGCAUGCAGCUUGUGUUCUGUCUGUGGAACCAGCAUCUUUAAAUUAUGAGUCCCAAAUAAAAUUUUGUGACGGUGUAGACACGGUUUUCAUGAAUGUUUGCGGGAGACUGAUAAUGUUCAAUCCUGUAAAACCAGAUAGUAUCGCCGGUGAUUCAUCAGAUGAUGAUGGAACCUCUUUCCAGUUAAGUCGACCUAUGCUAAUUGCAUCAUACGUGGAACAAAUUUGGCAUGACGCUACUGAUGAAACCGAUAAUAUUUUUGAUCACAAGCCACAUCUAACACAUGCAUUAUGGCUGAAUUGUGGAGCUGAAGGAAUGAAAGUUUGGUUACCGUUAUUCACUGCUCGAGAGACCAGUGAUACCAAGUACAGUUCAUGCCACUCAUUUAUCAGUAAACGUAUUAUGUUACCUUUCGAAUUGGGUAUCGCUCCACUUGUUAUAUGCAGCCGAGAUUGCUUAGCAGUUGGUGUGGAAAGUUAUCCAACAUAUUCGGAUGAAAAGGAAUUGACAAGGCAUUUACCAAUAUAUAAUUUGCAUCGUAAAAGUGAGGUUUUCCUACAUCAUCUAUUGCGACAACUUUUGAAACGAAAUCUCGGUGUGUAUGCACUAGAGAUUGCUGCCACCUGCAAUCGGUUGCCGUACUUCGGCCACGUGUUGGAACUGUUACUGCAUAAUGUGCUAGAAGAAGAAGCGACUUCUUCAGAACCAAUACCAGAUCCACUGUUGCCUCGUGUGGUAGCUUUCAUUCAAGAAUUUCCAAAUUAUUUGCAAACGAUCGCUCAUUGUGCUCGGAAAACUGAACUAGCUCUUUGGCCUGCUCUAUUCACUGUAACGGGUCAUCCACGUGAACUUUUCGAAAAAUGCAUCAGUGACGGGCAACUUGAGACUGCAGUCAGCUUUCUCAUCAUUCUGCAAAACAUGGAAAGCAGUUCAGCCAGUCAGGAGCAUGCAACAGUACUGCUGGAAGAAGCCCUUUCGAAACGGCAAUGGUUAACAGCACGCGAUAUUGUUCGAUUUCUUCGUGCUAUCGACCCAUCCGAUAUUGAUGAUCCACCGCGAACACCACCGUAUCAAAAACCACACCGCAACGUAGGCAAUGUAGUAUCACGGAUUCCUACCUGCAUGUCUACAGAUGACAGUGAAGAAACGGAUUCAUUUGUUUUUGGAAGCUACACCGGGCCAGGUAUGAUAAAAAGACCGCGGCCAUCACAACAGGAUAGUGGAUGCAGCAGCCCGUCAGGGCGGAAAGAAUCAACUGGAAAGAAAAUCUUGAAAAAAGUUUCUUUUGAUGCACCUAUAAGUCCAGGAAGUGCCAACGGUUCAAUGUCGACUUAUCUUGAUGAUGUGUUAGAUCAGCAUGCUGUUCAUUUGCUGGAAGACUGCAGUAUUCAGGAUUUAGGUGCUUUCGCCGCCUAUCUGGAUUUUAAUUUAGUAAGUUGGCUUCGAAUACAGCGGCACACUAUAGCACGGAUUAGUGAUUUUCCAUUAGCUUUGAUGCGACUGCAUGCACAGUUCAAAUGGCCUUAUCCAUUGGUCAGUCAAAGUAUUGUAGAACAGUUAACAAAGCGAAUUGAAGGUAUUAAAAUUUCGCCAAGUACUGCAUCGCUGGAUAGCUUACAGUCACUAUCAACAGCCAAUAGUAAUGCUUCGUUAAGUACUGGGGAAAAGCAACGAAACACAUCAGUCAUUUCUGCAUGUUCAAACUCAGUAUGCGUCGAUGAUGGAGAAGGUAGAAAGGAUCUACCUGCACUGUAUAGCCAGUCCAUGUUAAGUACGGUUUCCGCAGAAAGUCAUUCAAACUCCUGCAGCGAUUGGGAAGGUUUUGAAAAAAUAUGUGGUGAAAUUGCUGCACGCGGAUCACAAGAAAGUGAGUUAGAAUUGAAGUACAUGUUGGAUAUUAUGUACGAAGCUGGCUGCGUUAGCUGGACAUUAUUGUUAUGUUUGUUACGACGUGAUGUAUCAUUCCUUAGUAAGCAUUUCUCGCAUAAAUUUGUACAAAGCUGUGGCCCAGAUAUUGUGAAUGAAUUACAUACAGGAUUGGAGCAAUUGCAGAAUUGGGCCUCAAUUAAUUGUUUCGGAUAUCGAGCUCUAAUCGAUGCAUACAAGAGGCAUCUCUUGGUAAUUGGAGAUAGAAGUGGGGAGCGUGUAGUUACCAAGGCAUCAUCUGUUGCACCGGGUUAUUGCAGCAACAGUUUGGUAUCAACGAUUAGUUCACAUGUGGGGAUGAAUGGAAUUUCCGUAUUAGAAGGCGAAAUAGUGCCGGUUACGAAGCAAAAAUUAUCGCCCACAUUAGUGUGCUCUUCUAUAUCAGACGUUCAUGCAGAACGAAACGGCAUUGUACGAAAAGUUGUUUCCAUGCCAAUUCAGCAAUUACCAACAGCGGCAGCAAUGAAUUUAGUAAAGACAACGUUUACUCCACCACGAGAAAACGGCGAAAUUGGUGAUAGUUAUGUUGAUACAGAUAACUGUUCGGUGGUAAGUGAUGCGACCAUUGUUGGGCGUGAACAGUGUAAUUUGAUGUAACCUGAUAUUUAUUUUCUUUAUGCUUGAACCAUUCAUUUUUCAGAAAGUGCUGCAUUUUUACAAGUUACUUUUAUAGCACUUUAAACUGUUUUGUGUACUGCCAAUUCUUUUUGUUAUGUAGAAAAGUUAUAAAGUUUUUCCUUUUCCGCUUAGGAACGAUUUACUGAGAAAAUGAUAUAGGUAAAUACUCGAAGUGAUGUGCUGCAAUUUAUCCUGAUUGUGAAUUUCAUAUAAACAGCGUCC